AUGUCUGAUCCCAAAGCCUAUACAGUCGGUUGGAUCUGCGCCGUCACUCCCGAGUCCGUCGCCGCCCGAGUUUUCCUUGACGAUGAACAUGAACCCCCGCGACAGGUCGCCCAAAACGACAACAACAGCUAUAUUCUGGGCAGGAUCGGCAGCCAUAACGUUGUCGUUGCCACCCUACCCGAUGGCGAAUAUGGGACGACCACGGCGGCAGCAGUGGCCAGAGACAUGCUCCACAGCUUUCCAAACGUCCGCAUCGGGCUGAUGGUCGGUAUUGGGGGCGGCGCGCCUAGCCGCAAACAUGAUAUACGGCUCGGGGAUGUCGUUGUCAGUAGCCCAAGCGGCGGGAAAGGCGGCGUUUUCCAGUAUGACUUUGGUAAAACCAUCCAGAACCUCUCUUUCCAAGAAACCGGAUUUUUAAACCAACCGCCGAUGGUACUACGAACAGCGCUUGCCGCACUUAGAAGCUUGUAUGAAAUGAAGGGCCACCAGCUGGCCAAUAACAUAGACGAGGCCUUACAGAAGAUUAAGAAACGGAAGAAAUAUACACGACCUGGCUUAGCAAGCGACAGAUUAUAUAGAUCUGACAUUGUGCAUCCCUCGGAUUCAUCCGAUGACUGCGACGUUAUGUGCGGCGACGAUACUACCUCCCUAAUAGCCCGACCCAAACGAGACGAAGACGAUGAUGAUCCUGCCAUCCACUACGGCCUGAUUGCUAGUGGAAAUCAGCUGAUGAAGGAUGCGCGUAUCCGGGAUAAGUUAUCGGCGGAAAGGGAUGUCCUCUGCUUCGAGAUGGAGGCCGCAGGCCUAUUGAACCACUUCCCGUGUCUAGUCGUCCGGGGAAUUUGCGACUACGCCGACUCGCAUAAGAACAAGGAGUGGCAAGGAUUCGCAGCCAUGAUGGCGGCGGCCUAUGCGAAGGAUCUCUUACUUCAGAUCGCAUCAAAUAGCGUUGAGGCAGAGAAGCCAAUCCUUGACGUACUCAACACUAUUCAGGGAGAUAUACACCGCUUGAAUCACACAGUUGAGACUAUGCACUCGAAACAUACGGUUCUUUUGUUUGACGUACAAAAGGGCAUAGAGGAUCUAAAGCUCGGUAAAGCCGAGGAUCUAUCUAUUGCCCGCAAACCUCAUUUCGUCGUACCGUUUGCUUCUGAUCCUGGCUUCGUGAGCCGACCCAAGAUCUGGGAAUGGAUGGAAAGGCAGUAUGCUGGACCUGAGAGCCGCUUCGGUCUCGUGGGUCUGGGUGGGUUUGGCAAAUCGCAGAUGGCCAUCCAAUUCGCUUACCACGUCCACGCCGCCUCGUCCAAAACUAGCGUCUUCUGGGUCCGCGGCAGCACAAACGCAACAUUCGAAGAGUCCUACCGCUCUAUAGCAGAUGUGCUAGCUCUUCCUCGUCGCCACGAUCCUGGCGUCAAUAUCGCGGCGCUGGUCCGCGACUGGCUGCAGAGAGAGGAUGCGGGGGCGUGGCUUAUGAUUGUCGAUAACGUGGAUGACGUCACGCUGCUGUUGUCAAAAGACGGUAUUGAUGACAGCACACCGACGCCGAUAGCAUCGUAUCUACCCCAUUCGGAUAACGGCAAGAUCCUGUUUACGUCGCGCAGCCGGGACGCCGCAGAGAGGCUGACAGGCAGCGGCAAGACGAUUCUUGAAGUACCUAUAAUGGAUAAAGAACAGGCACUACUGCUUCUCCAAAACAAGCUAGACCAAGACAUCGAUGAGGCCGCCGCGUUGCGUCUGAUUCACACUCUCAACCGUAUCCCGCUCGCUGUAAACCAAGCAGCAGCAUACAUCCAUAAACGAAGUCCCCGGGUGACUAUUCAUUCCUAUUUAGAGGAGUUCCAGAAGAGUGAAAAGCGGAAGGGCACUCUGCUUCGCAGUGAUAGAGGGGAUAUCAGGCGAUACAAAGGGGUGUCUAACUCUAUCAUUAUAACUUGGCAAGUGACGUUUGAGCAGAUCAAACGGGAGCAACCCCGAGCUUCUAACCUUCUGUCACUGAUGAGCUAUUUCAAUGCACAAAACAUACCUGAGUAUAUGCUGUAUAGAUAUAACAGCAACCCAUUAAAACCUAAGGAGAGUGACGACAACGACAAAGACGACGACGACGACGACCAUGACGAAGCUGACGACGAUCAUGAUUUUGAGGACGAUUUAGAUAUGCUCCGAAGCUAUUCACUUGUUUCACUGAGUGUGGUGUCUGGGUUCUGCGAGAUGCACUCACUAGUACAGUUCUGUACAAAGGAAUGGAUUUCAGAGCUCGGUUGCCCAGAGCGGUGGAGGAAACUCUUCCUUCAGUCCGCCUCGCAACACUUUCCAUCAGGCGUGUUCGAAACGUGGGAACAGUGUCAAACAUUAAUGCCCCAUAUCGAGCCGCUGUUGAAUGAAAAGCCGUCUGAAGAAAGCGACCAGUUAAAGUGGAGCAAGCUGUUGACGAAUAUGUGUUGGUACUCACUUAUGCUAGGGGACUAUUCCAGGGCUGAGGCUGUUAUACAAGAGGCUAUACGAGUUCGUGAGGAAUAUCUAGGUCAUAAGCAUCCCUCCACACUGACGAGCAUAGCCAACCUAGCAUCAACGUUUUGGAACCAAGGCCGAUGGAAGGAGGCCGAAGAGCUGUUUGUGCGGGUGAUGGAGACGAGUUUGAGGGUGCUUGGAGAGGAGCAUCCCUCCACACUGACGAGCAUGGCCAACCUAGCGUCAACGUUUAGGAACCAAGGCCGAUGGAAGGAGGCUGAGGAGCUAGAGGUGCGGGUGAUGGAGACGAGAAAGAGGGUGCUUGGAGAGGAGCAUCCCUCCACACUGACGAGCAUGGCCAACCUAGCGUCGACGUUUAGCAACCAAGGCCGAUGGAAGGAGGCCGAGGAGCUAAACGUGCGGGUGAUGGAGACGAGAAAGAGGGUGCUUGGAGAGGAGCAUCCCUCCACACUGACGAGCAUGGCCAACCUAGCAUCAACGUUUUGGAACCAAGGCCGAUGGAAGGAGGCUGAGGAGCUAGAGGUGCGGGUGAUGGAGACGAGUUUGAGGGUGCUUGGAGAGGAGCAUCCCUCCACACUGACGAGCAUGGCUAACCUAGCGUCAACGUUUAGGAACCAAGGCCGAUGGAAGGAGGCCGAGGAGCUAAACGUGCGGGUGAUGGAGACGAGAAAGAGGGUGCUUGGAGAGGAGCAUCCCUCCACACUGACGAGCAUGGCCAACCUGGCGUCGACGUUUAGCAACCAAGGCCGAUGGAAGGAGGCCGAGGAGCUAAACGUGCGGGUGAUGGAGACGAGUUUGAGGGUGCUUGGAGAGGAGCAUCCCUCCACACUGACGAGCAUGGCCAACCUAGCAUCAACGUUUUGGAACCAAGGCCGAUGGAAGGAGGCCGAGGAGCUAGAGGUGCGGGUGAUGGAGACGAGUUUGAGGGUGCUUGGAGAGGAGCAUCCCUCCACACUAACGAGCAUGGCCAACUUGGCUCAUACGUGGAAAAGCCAGGGCCGGCGGGUCGACGCAAUCCAGUUGAUGCGUGACUGCCUUGGGCUUCAGCAACGCUGCCUUGGAGUCAAUCAUCCCGACACCAUAUCCUCCCUUUUAAAUCUUGAGGAGUGGGAAAACGUUGAAGUUGCAAAAAAGCGAAUCAUCUUCAAGGUUCCGAAGCGGAAGAAGCGAGUUAGCUUUAAGCGUGAUCUAUGUAGACGAUGA